CGGGGCGCAGGCGCACUCGUCGCCGCGGCGGCGGGGCUGGCGUUCCCCUGGAGGCUGGGACAGAAGGUCUCACGGAUGGCCCCGCUGCCAGGGGCAGAACUGGUUCAGAGGCCACUGCAGCUCUACCGAUACUUGCUGCGCUGUUGCCAGCAGCUGCCGACCAAGGGCAUCCAGCAGCAUUACAAGCAUGCUGUCAGGCAGAGUUUUCGGGUUCAUUCAGAUGAAGACAACCCUGAGAGAAUCCAGCAGAUUAUUAAAAGGGCCAUUGAAGAUGCUGACUGGAUCAUGAACAAAUUGAGAAUGGUCCCUGUGGAGGAGGCCACCAGCCAGCUGCUUCCCUCCUCCGGAAGCUAAAAGUAUAAAAAACAAAACUGAGAGCCCGGAGAGUGAGCCUUCCUGGCCUCUGGAAGUUGAGAGGCGCCUCUUCUGGAGCUCAACAGCAGCAGCAGGUUUGGAAGAUCCAUUGGCCUUGUUGGCUGAAAGCUAGAAAUCAGGGGAGAAGCUGACCUUGCUUCGGAGGCUCCUCUUGCCGCCGCCAUGUUGCCAGCAUCCUUUAUGUUUGCACUUCCAGCCGCUUACGAUGUGAAAUUUGGGGAGAAUGUGGUAUUUUUUUGUUUCUUUUGUGUAUUUUUUAUUUUUGUGUUUUUGUUCUUUUACUUUUCUCUGAAAGUGAUUCAUUUAUUCUGGAGAUCUCUUUAUCAUUCUCUGAGUCCCAGAGCAGAUGUCCCCUCAGGUAGCAACCUGUACAGAAGAAAGCGCGUGGGUUUUAGAAGCAGACAGAUCUGGAUUUGAAUCCCAGAUUCAGUAAGAUGAAGGUGAAGUGCCUCACACAGGAUGUGGCACAUGACAGUGCCUGAAGGGCUCCCUCCAAGGAAGCCAUCCUGCCCCACCCCCUCCUCUUUUCCUGCAGUGUCCUGCACAGCUCUGCUCCAGUACACACCGCGUCGGGUCUCAGUUAUUUGUUUGCGAGGUUGCCCUGUCCCUGCUUGUAGCCCCUGAGCCCUCACAGUUGUCACACACCCAGCAGUCUGCCAAAGAGCUGCCUUUCCUGACCACUGUCUCUCUAUGCCCAGGGAAGUCAAAGCCCUGGGCCUUGCCUUCAGGGAGUUGACAGUGUCCGUGAAGUGGUGAAGUGCUCACCACAUGAACCAAGGAGAGACACCAAAGCAGCUGCGGUGGACUCUGGCCUGUCCAAGCCUCUGCGCACCUGCAAUCUGUUUCCACUGGCCCUUCCCUGCUUUGCCACCAUUGUGGAAGAAUAGAAGGGAGGGGGAGAAGGUGGGUGGGCUCAGGGAGAAUGACCAGAGUGGCCAGAAGAUGCAGAGAUAAGUCCCACUGGGAUUUGAGUAUUCCCUAAGGGCACUCAGUCACAGGGAUGAAGUAGUGUGUGUUUGUAUCCUUGUAAUCAUGUGAGUUAAAAUGACUCAGAGAUAUUUAUGUGUGCGUGUGUACUCCGCUGACAAUGAAGUAAAUAUAUCAAUUUGUGGAAGCUCGUGUGUCUUCUCAACUGGUAAACCUUACAUUCCCUAA